AUGGGAGGCCAGAAACGGCCGCCCUUGACGCCACCCGUUAAUAAAACGGCGGUUGCAGUGGAGAGAACCAUAUCCAAUGCCCUCUCUUUCAAUGAAAUCAAGUCCUUCGAAGAACAGGAGAAGGAGGUGGACAAGGCGGCCUUAAAAGCGAUCGCGGACAUAUUUGUCAGGCAUAGCAUGCAUACCAAGCUAGGAGCCGGGCUGCUCCAUCGUCACGACGCUCUCGAAGACGGAACUGCGCUUUCGAGCAUUGACAUGGACAAGAUUACGCCCAACUCGUGGUUCCUCAAUCAAAAUGGACUGUUCCAGGCAUUUGAUGGGCGUGGCACCAUCAGUGUUUCUCUUCGCCUCAUCUCCGAACAAAAUAUUGAGACGAGUGAACCUGUCAUCACCGGACGGAGCUUCCAUGUCAAUGAAAUGGGGGUUGUUGAGUGCAAAGGGAAUAAUGUCUGUAGACCUAUGAACUCUGGCAAUCACAAAGUGCUUCAGGACUCAAAGCCCUAUACAGAGCAUGUAAGCAAGGUUAUGCCGCUGGUAGAUGUUGCCGAAGAAGAGUCUUAG